AUGUUCCUCUCCAUCAAUGUCAUUCUAAUGUUAUGGGUUUCCACUGUUGGAGGAGAAGUGGCACUUUGUGAUUUUCCACAAAUAAACCAUGGAAUUCUGUAUGAUGAAAAGAAACAUAAGCCAUCUUUCCCAGUUUCUACUGGGAAAUUUUUCUACUACUCCUGUGAAUAUAAUUUUAUAUCUCCUUCAAAAUCAUUUUGGACCCAAAUAACAUGCACAGAAGAAGGAUGGUCACCAACACCAAAGUGUCUCAGGCUGUGUUUCUUUCCUUUUGUAGAAAAUGGUCAUUCUGUAUGCUCAGGACAUACACACCUGGAAGGGGAAACUGUACAAAUUCUUUGCAAUCGUGGCUACAGCCUUCAAAACAAUGAGAAAACCAUCUCAUGUACAGAAAGGGGAUGGUCUACUCCCCCCGUGUGCAUUUCCACCUAUAGUUCCUGUGUGAAUCCACCCCAAGUGAAAAAUGCCACUAUAGUAUCAAGACAGAUGGACAAAUAUCCACCUGGUGAAAAAGUACGUUAUGAAUGUAACCAACCUUUUGAAAUAUUUGGGGAAGUAGAGGUGAUGUGUCUAAAUGGAACAUGGACUGAACCACCUCAAUGCAAAGAUUCUACAGGAAAAUGUGGACCUCCUCCACCUGUUGACAAUGGUGACAUUACUUCAUUCCCAUUGCAAGAAUAUGCACCACAUUCUUCAGUUGAAUAUCAAUGCCAGUCCUUGUAUCAACUUCAGGGAAACAAGAAAAUAACAUGCAGAAAUGGAGAGUGGUCAGAAUCACCCAAAUGUUUAAGUCCAUGUGUAAUAUCUGAGGAAAUUAUGAAAAAUCAUAACAUAGUGUUCAAGUGGAUAGUAAUGCAAAAGCUUUACACCCCAUCAGGGACGAUGGUGGAAUUUAAGUGUAAACGUGGAUAUCAUCCAGCAACAUCUACACCUUUUCAUACAAUGUGUUAUGAUGGUAAACUAGAGUAUCCCACAUGCAGAAGAAGUUAUGGCUAG